CCUGCGUUUGCCUCCCUCCCUUCCCAAAGCCACCUCAGGGCAAUGGGGAGGAAGGCAGCAGCGCCGGGAGAGAGAGGCACUCCACUGGAGGAAGGCGCGGCGACUUGCACGGGGCGACGCCGGGGGAGCCAGCGAGGGCCAUCGCCCAGCCGAGGGGGCCGGAGAAGGAGAGCGGGAGCAGGUGCUGCAGCCCGACCGAGACCGGCGGCUGCGGGAGUCCAGGAGCCACAGGCAGCAUGAUCCCAGUAGCUGAAUUCAAGCAAUUCACAGACCAGCAGCCUGCCUUCAAAGUUCUCAAGCCGUGGUGGGAUGUCUUGGCUGAGUAUAUCACUGUCGCCAUGCUGAUGAUAGGUGUUUUUGGCUGCACUCUGCAGGUGACACAAGAUAAGAUCAUCUGUCUUCCCAACCAUGUCCCCAGUGGUACGUCCUUUGCUGAUGUCACUUGUGAAGACUUCACCAAGAAAAUAAUAAAUGCCUCCGAGACAACUGAGUCCCCCACAUACCAAGAAAUGAGUGGAUUACGAAACAAUUUAGACAUCCAACAGUACAGCUUCAUCAAUCAGAUGUGCUAUGAGACAGCCCUCCAUUGGUAUGCCAAGUAUUUCCCCUACCUCGUCGUUAUCCACACCCUCAUCUUCAUGGUGUGUGCUUCUUUUUGGUUCAAAUUUCCUGGUACCAGUUCCAAGAUUGAACAUUUCAUCUCCAUCCUGAGCAAGUGCUUUGACUCACCCUGGACUACUAGGGCCAUCUCAGAAGUCUCUGUGGAAAACCAGGACAAUGCCAGUCCAGCGAAGAGGGAUCGGAGAAGGAAAAGUAGUGCUCCCAGUGAGUCUCUUGAGCUUAACACCACUGGAGGGUCCAUUGCAGAUAAGAAGGUUGCAGAGUCCACCCCCAUUAGCCUCCUGGAUAAAAAAGAAGGGGAGCAGGCCAAGGCUCUCUUUGAAAAAGUGAAGAAGUUCCGGCUCCAUGUGGAAAAAGGAGACAUCCUUUAUACCAUGUACAUUCGCCAAACCAUUCUCAAAGUCUGCAAGUUCUUAAUCAUCACUGCCUAUAAUGCUGCACUAGUUCACAAUAUUAGCUUCAUAGUGCCAUGCACUGUCAAGAUGGAAGACAUGACCGGCUAUGACCAUUUCUGCUGUAAUCACACCAAAGCACAUCUGUUCUCUAAGCUAGCCAUCUGCUACAUCUGCUUCCUUGGCGUAUAUGGCAUGACCUGCCUCUACACUCUUUACUGGCUCUUCCACCGUCCGCUUAAAGAGUACUCCUUCAAGUAUGCACGUGAAGAGACGGGCAUCAGUGACAUUCCUGAUGUUAAGAAUGACUUUGCUUUCAUGCUCCACCUUAUUGACCAGUAUGAUUCUCUCUACUCCAAGAGGUUUGCUGUUUUCCUCUCAGAGGUCAGUGAGUGCAAGCUCACACAGCUCAACCUUAAUCAUGAAUGGACAGUAGAGAAACUGCGUCAGAAGUUGCAGAAGAACCCUCAUGGCCGGUUGGAACUCCACCUCUUUAUGCUUCCCGGAUUGCCUGACACCAUCUUUGAACUGACCGAGGUGGAAUCCCUGAAACUGGAGCUCCUCAAAGAUGUUACAUUCCCAACUUCAGUGACUCAACUGGUCAAUCUCCAGGAGCUUUCACUGAUCAACUGCCCUGUUAAACUGCCUUUUACUGGUCUUUUAUUCCUCCGUGAACAGCUGAAGGUGAUGAAUGUAAAGUUUGAUGAAAUAAAAGAUAUACCACUGUGGACCUACAAUUUGAGAAGUCUGGAAGAGUUGCACAUCUCAGGGGUUUUCAGCCUGGAGAUAGGACGGGCAGGGACUUUAGAAAGCCUGCGUGAACUAAAAAACCUGAAGACUCUGGAGCUGUAUAGCAAUAUCUCAAAAUUGCCUCCCAGUGUAACUGAUGUUGCCAGUCAUCUGCAGAAGCUCAUAAUCCACAAUGAUGGGACUAAAUUGGUGACCCUCAAUAAUCUCAAGAAGCUUUUCUCUGUCCAAGAAGUAAAGCUCAUAAACUGCAGUUUGGAACGCAUCCCUCAUGCCGUCUUCAGCCUGGUGAAUCUGCAGGAGUUGGACCUCAAAGACAAUCAGCUACAUUCCAUUGAGGAGAUCCUCAGUUUCCAGCAUUGCCGCAAGCUAACCUGUCUCAAACUUUGGUGCAAUCACAUCACCACCAUCCCCGAUCAUAUCCGCAAGCUCAAGACUUUAGAACGCCUUGACCUCAGCCAUAACAACAUCGAGAUCCUCCCUCACCAACUGUUCCAGUGCAGUAAACUGCGUUAUUUGGAUCUUUCCAACAAUAACAUCCGGGUCAUCCCCAUUGGAAUGGGAGCCCUAUACAACCUUCAGUAUUUUGCCAUUUCUCACAAUUCCUUGGAAGCACUGCCUGAAGAACUCUUCUUCUGCAAGAAACUCAAGACUCUGAAAGCUGGAUACAACAAACUGCAUCGCCUCUCUCAACGUGUGGGCAAUCUGACUUUGCUCACCACACUAGAGCUGAAAGGGAACCAACUGGACUUCCUGCCCCAGGAAAUUGGCACAUGCCGCUCCCUCAAGCGUGCUGGUCUGGAGGUGGAAAGCACAAUCUAUGAGUCGCUGCCUUUAGAAGUUAGGGAGAAGUUGGAAGAGGAAUGAUGGGAAGAGUGGGAUUAUCUCAAGGAUUCACUAUGCAGACGUGGAGCGAAUAGGAAUCUUGCUGAGCUGUCCUUAAUGUUUGGAUAUCUUACUUCAUUAUUUCUCUCUUCUCCCAUUCUGUUUGUGGGGCAGAACUGGUAAAGCAAGGCAAGCAGAUCUCAUUCUUAGGCGGGCAAGAGAGAGGAAUUGAAAACUUCCACCUUUGUAAGGAAAUACCAGCAUUCACUGGAGACUUAACAAAAGACAUAUAUAGACUCUUCUUAAAAAAAAUUUUUUCAGUAGCAGGAAUUACUAAUGAGAAAGAAAUGGCUGUGCCAGACCAAAUCUUCAUUAGAUUUUUUAAAUUAUAAAUGUGUAUGUAUUUGUAAAAUAGUCGGAGGCUGUGUGAACCUGUUCAUAUUGAUUCACCUAUCUGUCCGACCACUGAUGCUAUGGUGUCCAGAUGCUACCUUUUUGAGAUGAUUAAGAAAUAAUUUUUGUAGGUUCAUUAACCUAUGUACAGAAGUGGGGGAGUCAGGAAAGCCCUGAAGUGGGAGAUAGCCUAGCUGCAUCCCCUGCCGGGUUUCGUUUCUAAAUGUUGAGGGGUUCUUCAGCACUGGAGAGCUGAGACACGAAAUCUUCCUGUGCUGGUGGCCUCUAAGCACCGCUGGCAUGACAUAUUUGGGUCAUUCCCGAUUUCUGCUUGUGGCCUAUUAAUAUCAAGGUGACUCAGGCAGACCUGCUUCACUGUAUAGGCUAAAUUCUAUGGCCUUUCCUGUUCAUUCCCACCAACUGGGGUGAGCAGUACCUGAGCACCUCGAAUCCAGUCUCUCUUGCCAUAUGCCUCCUCAGCAUUGACUUCCUCAAUUCUCUCAAUCGCAUAUAAUCUCAUUAUGCUCCAUGUUUGAAGAAGAGUGCUACACUGUUGACCCCGUUUUCACUUGAGCCAUGAGACAUUCACCUCCAUUCAUUUUCUAGCACAGAGUCAUGGAAAAUAACACUAGGUGUCAUUUCCAUAGAGAAAGGGUUUUUUAAAAAAAAUGUUAGAGGUGCCUAGUACAUGAUGGGUUUGAGUGUAAAGGGAAUGUGAACAUGUUUCCCCAAUCAGCACAGGCAAACUUCUAUUUUGUCCUUUCCAGGUACCAGCAGUAUGACUCCAGUCUCUGAGACGCAAGUAGUUUCCCCUCAGGCCUACACUAACGCGGCCAUCUCUUCCUAGAGAACCCCAGCAGUGCAUUUCCUGACCUCUUCUGGGAGUGUUAGCACCAAGAGUAGAGGGUCACUGCUCCCUCGGAAACAAAGUACCCCAAUGCUAGUUCUUGGUAGCCCACCUACUGGCAACAGCAUUUCAUAUCCAGUUGUAGAAGGCUUUUAAAGAAUUUACUGAAGGUAGGAAAGACAACAUAGAAAGAAUAAAGGAAAAAAUGAACAUCUGCAAAGUGAAACGAAACUGCAUUCCACCACUGUAGUGCAAACUUCUAGCUCACAGUUGGUUACUAGACUACAGAUGUAGUAAUUGUCUGCCAGUAUACUAGCCUGUGGAAAAAAUGGGACAUCUCAUGAUCAUCCAAA